AUGGCGCAACCAAUGAGAGUUUUGGUCUUUGGAGACCAAACCGAAGACCCCCUACCCACCAUCAAAGAUCUUUACUGCCAAUCACAGAGAUCCGUCUUCCUUUCACAUUUCCUCAAGACCGCUGAAGAUGCUGUGCGUCAAUUGGCUGGUGACCUUCCUAGUGCCCAGCAAAGACAUCUUCGAUUCUCCUCAUUCUGCCUAUUGGCAGAAACUGUGCAGGAGGAUGCCCGUCCAGAUGUCGUUGUGAGCACACUUCUGUUGUGCGUAGCACAACUUGGAGCUUUGGUACAGAACCUGGAACGAGAUCCAACAUUGCUUGAUCGCGACUCAUCAUCCCGAACAAUCGUGCUAGGCUAUUGUACUGGACUCCUGCCAGCUGCCGCAGCGGCUUUGACGCAUUCUAUGGUUGAUCUUCUUGCUAUCGCGCCUGAAAUAGUAGCAACAUCCGUACGACUGGGACUAGAAGUUCAACGUCGAUCGACCCUAUUAGAAGAUUGCCAGGAGAGCUGGGCCAGAGUUGUGACUGGCAUUCCCAUCGGUACUUUGCGGAAAUCCCUUGAAGAGUUCCAUGACUACAAUACAAUUCCGGAUCAAAAGAGAGUUUAUAUCAGUUCGAUGUCUGAAUCUGCGACCACCAUAAGCGGUCCUCCUUCCUCAUUGGACUUAUUUUUAUCGUCCGAGCCAAUGAAGAAUCUCACAACGAUGCCGCUUCCUAUCACAUCAGCUUUCCACGCUGAUCAUCUUCUCUUCGAAUCGGAAAGGAUCAUUUCACCAGAACCUGUGCCCAGGGUGUUCCAACCUGGAUGUCGCCUCAUUAUUUCACCACACUCCGGCCAACCAUACGAUUUCCGAAAUCAAGCAGAACUCAAUUCUGCUAUAAUUGACGAUGUUAUGAAGAAUCCGAUAAACAACAUACUCACACAGGAAAGUGUCCUGUCGAUGCUCCAUGGAAAAAGUGUUUUGAUCACCUCGUUCGGUUCAAACAGUACAACAAAGCGUCUGACGAAAUGCCUGAAAGAUGCAAAUAUUAAUUUCGAGGUGACAAGUGCACAACAGAGCACCCAAGCAUGCAUUUCCUCCGCAGGCGGAGAUAUCGCUAUUGUUGGGAUGGCAGGGCGAUUUCCAGGGGCCGAAAGUCUGGAGGAGUUUUGGAAGUUAUUGGAUAGUGGACUCGAUCUCCACAGAGAAAUUCCAGAAGACAGGUUUAAUGUUAAAACUCAUUACGACCCAACAAGAAAAUUGGCGAAUUCCACCUCGACGCCAUAUGGUUGCUUUAUCAAUCGACCCGGAAUGUUUGAUGCGCGGCUAUUCAACAUGUCGCCUCGAGAGGCAGCUCAAACAGAUCCUGGACAGAGACUUCUCCUCAUGUCAACAUACGAGGCCCUGGAGAUGGCAGGCUACACUCAAGAGCACGAUUUGGAGGAUCGGGACCCGAAUGUUGGGACUUACUUCGGUCAGACCAUCGACGAUUGGAAAGAAUACAAUGCAGCUGAAGACGUUGACAUGUAUUAUGUCACUGGAGGAAUUCGAGCUUUCAGUGCUGGACGGGUCAAUUAUCAUUUCAAAUGGGAAGGCCCGUCAUACAGCAUUGAUAGCGCUUGCUCAUCCAGCUUGCUGGCCGUUCAGCUGGCCUGUUCUGCGCUCCAGGCACGUGAGUGCAAUAUGGCAGUCGCAGGAGGAUCGAAUAUUUUAACUGGCUGCAAUAUGUAUGCUGGUCUCAGUCGUGGCAGUUUUCUCUCGCCCACCGGAUCCUGCAAGACAUUCGAUGCAUCCGCCGAUGGGUACUGUCGUGGCGAAGGUGUUGGUGUGAUCGUCUUGAAAAGAUUGGAAGACGCAGUGGCGAACCGAGAUAAUAUAUUGGCUGUUGUCAAGGCUGUCGCCACAAACCAUUCCGCUCAAGCAGUGUCCAUUACGCAUCCCCACGUCGAGACCCAGGCGAAACUAUUCCGAGAAGUGCUGAUAAAAGCGUCUGUGGAGCCGGAAGACAUAGAUUAUGUCGAACUGCAUGGAACCGGAACCCAAGCUGGCGAUGCAGCGGAGUCGAAAUCAAUGAUGAGCGUUUUGGCGAAGAAACCUCGAUCUCGGCCUUUGACUAUCGGCUCUAUAAAACCAAAUAUUGGACAUGGAGAAGCUGCUGCUGGUAUUUCAUCUCUGAUCAAAACGCUCCUGAUGCUUAAAAAAGAGCAAGUCGCGCCACACAUCGGUGUCAAGGGCCAAAUGAAUCCAAAACUUCCCGACUUUUCGAAAUACAAUGUCCAUAUUGCAUCUUCCCAGAAGUUCUCGAGACAACGAACGAGGAGGGUAUUACUGAACAACUUCAGUGCAGCCGGCGGCAACACAAGUAUAGUUCUUGAAGAUGGUCCAAGUACAAAAAUACUUGGAGUGGACACCAGAACAGCUCAUAUCGUUACCGUCUCUGCAAAGACUCCGUUCUCUCUGAGAGAAAAUGUCUCCCGCUUGCGGAACUUCCUCGAUUCCUCCAAUUCGUCUCUACCUGACAUCGCAUACACCUCAACCGCUCGAAGACUGCACCAUUCUCUUCGGAAGUCGUAUGCUGUGAAAGAUAUUGGAGAGCUGUGUAUGGAAAUGGACAGAGACAUCAACACUUGGGAAGAACCGAAAUCGUCGAACGACACCACUAAAGUUGCUUUCGCGUUUCCUGGGCAGGGAGCAGCAAUUAUGGGAGUUGCGAAGAACCUGUACGACUCCUGUCAAUUCUUCCGAGAUCAAGUUCAAGAAUGUGAGCUUUUAUGCAACCAGCAGGAAUUGCCUUCCUUCCUGGACGUCUUGACAGGAGGCGCCAAGGAGCGUGCGAGCCCUGCGCAGAAUCAACUUUGUCUAGUCGUGGUGGAGGUCUCACUUGCUCGGCUAUGGCAAUCAUGGGGUAUUGUUCCCAGUGUUGUCAUUGGUCAUAGUUUGGGAGAGUAUGCUGCGCUUUGUGUUGCUGGCGUUAUUUCCACCAGCGACAUGCUUUACUUGGUGGCAAAGAGGGCGGAACAGAUGCAGAUCAACUGUGUUCCAUUUACGCACUCAAUGCUUUCGAUCAGACUACCAGUAGACUCAGUCAGAGAAUACCUUUCAGGCUGCCGAUCUACUACCUUGGAAGUUGCUUGCAUCAACGGGCCUAACUCCACGGUUGUCAGUGGGCCAUCCGAAGAGGUAACAAAGCUGCAGGAGAAGCUUGAGGUCCAAGGUAUCAUCACUAAGUUCCUCGAGGUUCCCUACUCCUUCCACUCUAAGCAGAUGGAAUCAAUCUUGCCUUCGUUCCGCAGGAUCGCAAACGGGAUCAGCUUCGCCAAACCAAAAUUUUCAAUGGCAUCAACACUACUUGGACAAGUCGUUAGCGAAGCUGGAGUGUUUGGAGCUGAUUAUUUGUGUCGCCAAGCCAGAGAAUCUGUGAACUUUCCAGCAGCACUGACUUCCUGUGUCAGAGAUGGCCUAGUUGACGAUGGAACACUCUGGAUGGAGUGUGGCCCAGGAGCAACCUGCUUAUCCUUCGUCAAGGCAUCGUUGAGUACGUCUCUCGAGAACUCGCUCACUACCCUCGAGGCGAACAAAGACUGCUGGGUCACGAUAUCCAAGAACCUGGCACGAAGCUACCAAAAGGGAUGCCAUGUCAAGUGGGCUGAGUUUCACAAGGAGCAUAAACAUGCUCUUCAACUGGUUGACCUUCCAUCAUACAGCUUUGAUGCGAAAAAUUACUGGCUGGACUACCGAAGUCGAUUAGACGCACCUCAACUGUCCAAAACAGCAGAAUUAUCGCCAAUUUUCUCGUCGACAUGUUUGCAGCGAAUUGAGGAGCAGUCAUUCCAUUCAACCGAUGCGAAGGUCAUCUUCGAAAGUGAUUUCAGCUGUCCAGAACUUUCGCGCAUGGCGCGCGGCCAUGUUGUCUGUGGUGUUGGGCUUUGUCCUAGCUCUAUAUACGCCGAAAUGGCAUUUACGGCUGCUAGGUAUAUUUUCCGCCAAAAGGAUGGGUCAUUAACAACCCCUCCGAUGGAUCUUUCAAACAUGGAAAUAUUCAGCCCUUUCAUGGUCAAGCCAGACAUGCAGAGACAGAUUCUGAGAGUCACCGCCACUCAAUCCUCUUCCGACCCAGUCAGGAUAAUUUUCCAUUCACAAACUGGAACAGAGUGGAAAGAGCAUGCCAGAUGCCAAGUCUCACUUUGCGAUGGUGUAAAGAUGAUGGAACAUUGGAACAGCAGUGCCUAUCUCAUUCGGGCUAGGAGCAAUGAGCUUCAAGAUAAAGCUCGAAGCGGUAACGGCAAUGUCGACAGCAUUUCACGGAAGAUGGCGUACAAGCUAUUCAAGACCGUUGUUGACUAUUCUGAUGAGUAUAAAGCCCUGAAAGAGACUUUCAUGAGUGACGACAUUCCAGAAGCGUCCGCUUUACUCAAGUUCAGAACGUCGAAUGAAGACGGAGCCUUUACCCACAGCCCAUAUUGGAUCGACAGUCUUGCGCAAAUUGGAGGAUUCUGCUUGAACGUGAAUCCACCAAGCGGUCAAGAUGACGUCUAUAUUUCCCAUGGGUGGAAGAGCAUGAAGAUCCUUGGCCAGCUAUCAGAAACGGAACAAUACCAAACCUAUGUCAGGAUGCAACCGACCUCUGAAAGUGGUGUCUAUGCAGGCAACGUUUACAUGUUCAAUGACCAUGAGGUUGUGGCUGUAGUUGCUGGUUUGAAGUUCAAGCAAAUGAAACGCACUUUGCUCUCCACGCUACUUGGAGUCAGUUCCGAUAUCAAGCGCGCCAGGGUGGUUCAGCCUCAGAAUACCGAAGCACCUAGAGGCCGCAUCGUUGAUGCCCCUCUACCUCCCACCGUCAUGGACACCAUUCUCUCAGAAGCAGGACUUGAACGAUCUGAGAUCUCUGACGAUGCACUAUGGUCAGAUCUGGGUAUCGAUUCCAUUUUAACAAUUUCUAUCUUGCAGCGAUUGCGUCAGUUGACACAGAUGGAGCUUCCCAGCUCUUUAUUCACCACUUAUUCCACUUUCGGCGAGCUUGAGAAAUAUUUCCAGCCACAUGUUCAACCUCCUGUACCCCAGAGACUGCCUCUCCUUAAAUCGGAAGAGUCAAGGUCGCGAGCGUCGAGUGCAUCAACAGUGCGAAGCAUUUUCUCGGAUACUUCGUCUCUGGAUGCUUGCUCUUCAGUCAGCAUACACACUCCUCCCUGCAAUGAUAUUGAAGAAGUUUUGAGAUCAAUCAUCAUCGAGGAAGUGGGUAUCCAGCCAAGUGAAGCACAUCCGACAGCCAAAUUCUCCGAUCUCGGCCUGGACUCACUCCUCAGCAUAGCUGUUCUCGGCUCAGUUCGAGAACUGACAGGUGUGAGCCUUCCAUCAUCUUUCUUCUCUGAAUACCAGACAUUUGGAGAUCUUCAAAAGUACAGCCAGACAAAUGUACCUGAGUUGAAAGCUGUGGUCUCGAAGCUUCUGUCGCCUUUCAAAAGCAAAUCCAUUCUCCUCCAGGGCAUUCCUUCCUCCGGAUCAACGGCAGUCUUUCUUCUCCCAGAUGGUUCAGGAUCAGCGCUUUCCUAUAUUGAUCUCCCACCAAUCUCAAAGUCCCUACCGGUCUACGCUCUGUUCUCUCCAUUCCAUAAAUGCGCCGAGAAUUACACCCUACCAUUCGAGACAGUCGCUUCCAUCUUCAUCGAAGAGAUCCGGAGACUCCAGCCCCAUGGCCCGUAUCUCUUGGCAGGCUGGUCAAUGGGCGGGAUAUUCGCUUACGAAGUUUCACAGCAGCUCUUGAAAGCAGGUGAGAAAAUACAGAUGCUCAUGUUCAUCGACAGUCCUUGUCCGCGCACCCUUCCACCACUUCCGGCUCCGACUCUGGAUAUCCUCGAGAACGCGGGCCUGUUCGAUGGAAUGGACAAAAGCGGCAAAGGUAUCCCCGAGGAAACGAGACAGCAUUUCCUAGCGAGUGUGAGAGCAUUGGAGCACUUUGAGCCGGUUCCUCUAGCCAAGGAUGCGAAGAUCGAGAAUGUGGUUGCUGUCUGGGCUAAAGAUGGCAUGUUGGAGGGUUUGAGUGAAGAGAAGAAAAUUGGUGUCAACUUGAGUGACGAUGACAUUGCUAACGAGGCCCGGAAUUGGCUGUUUGGAGUGAGAAGUGACUAUGGACCAGCAGGAUGGGACAAGUUGGUGGGACGGGAGGUGGAUUGCACUGUGGUGAGCGGAAAUCACUUCUCGGUUGUGAAGGCACCGCAGAUGAAUGCAGUUGGUGAUGUGCUUAAAGGGUAUGUACAAAAGGCGUUGAGUUGCUAGAUUUUUAGACUUAGUGCUGGACUGUUUCUUAGAGGGGCGCUGGAGUCUUUCAAUGUUUGGGUGUAUGUUGUCU